CUCCCACAAGCUCCCGCUAAUCUUGGGACCGCCAGCCUCACCGACGUUUCGCCUCCGUAUUUUUGUCGUCGUCGCAGCAGCGCGGGACGCCUGACAUGCCUGAUGUCGGUGGCUGCAACAUUAAUGGCUCUAUCAGGGAUGGGACCGCUCGUCAGAGGACGUCAUUGGUCUGAGCUGAAAUGUCCCUGAACAUGGGGCGAUUGUCGCUAUGAAAGCUGGGAGGACCCUUUAGUUCGGUUCUUGUCUUCUCUCCAGAAAGCUUCGUCAUUGCCGCGUCGAGCUUGUCAAGAUGCGCUUCCCGAUUUCCUUCUGCUUGCUUUUUAUUUGCAUAUGGACUGUGGCUGCGACGAGCCUACAGCAUCCUCAGGUUGAUAUUGUUCCACGGCAGAAUUCAGCUUCACAAACCAAAACCCAAGCUCGAUCCGCAACAAAGACAGCCACGAAGACGCGCAACGCUGCCACCGCAACAGCCACCAAAGCCCACAAAAAAGCGAAGAAGACUGGUCUCACGAAAGCUGCGAAGAUCGGAAUCGGCGUCGGCGUACCCCUCGGCGUCAUCGCGAUUGCAGGCGCUAUCGGUUGCUACAUCAUCGGCAAGCGACGAGGACAGAAGCGAAGAGUGGACGACCCGAACGCUGGUGCUGGCAAACUGGUCAAAGACCCUAGUCCUGAGUUGAGGCAAUUGCCGGGAGCUCUUCCGCCGCCUGCUAUUGCGGAGCUGCCCGCCGUACAGAGUGACGAGCUCGAUAACCAGCGGAAAGGUGUAGCAAAUUGGUGGAACCCAUUUGGAAGGUCGGAGAGCACCAAAAAGUACGGAUACACAGCGCCACCGAACGCGCCGCAAUCACCUCAAGAGAUGCCUGCAUGAUAUCAUACACCCACAGCGAAGACUUUUGGAGUGUGUUAGAAAGAGGUGGCAUAUCGGGCACUGCAUGCCAGUGCGUAUGCAGCCUCUAAGCCUUCUGAGAAUUUCAUUUCGUCCGCUACUUUUUGUACCCAUUGUCAUUGGAGAGGCGCUCCGGAGGCCGUCUCGCUAGCUGUAGAAACUGUACAACAUCCUGCAUUUUUAUAUGGAGACGUUUCGUCACUGCUUUCCGAUCAGCUCUUCAGAACGAGUCUGC